CAACAAUAUUCAAUUACCACCUCAAAAAAUUAUACAAAAAUAAAAAAAUACACAAAAAUAAAAAAUUACUCUCUCUCUCUCUCUCUCUAAGUCUACUCUUGACUUCAAAUAAACUAAUUUUCCACAAUCCCUACUAUACAUAUAUUAUAUAUCCCCUCUAUCCCCCUCCCCUGUUUCAUCGUAUUCAUUUCCAGAAUUCUCAUCAACCUUGUUGCAUAUGAUAACCAUGGAGUUAAGUAGGUUGUUGCCGAUGAUAACCAUGAUGAUAAUAUUGGUUGUGAAGGAAACAGAGGGGAGGUUUGUAGUGGAGAAGAACAGCAUAAGUGUUCUGUCGCCAGAAAGUCUUCGGUCGAAGCAAGAUGCAGCUAUAGGGAACUUUGGGCUGCCGGAUUACGGUGGUUCGAUGGUGGGUACGGUGGUUUAUCCGCAGAAACCGGCGUCUUCGUUCGGUUGUUCGCGGUUUGAUGGUGACAAACCGUUCAAAUCGAACAGUUCUAGACCGACUAUUCUUGUUCUUGAUCGUGGAGAAUGCUACUUUGCUUUAAAGGCAUGGCAUGCACAGCUAGCAGGUGCUGCAGCUCUAAUAGUAGUCGACACCGUAGACGAGCCCCUCAUAACCAUGGACUCACCAGAGGCCAGCACCACCGCAGACGACUUCAUCGAAAAGCUCACGAUCCCAUCCGCAUUCGUCCAUUUAUCCUUCGGUCAAUCCAUAAAAGACGCCUUACAAAAAGGUGACCAAGAAGUCCUAUUAAAACUCGACUGGUCAGAGUCCGUGCCCCACCCAGACCAGCGAGUCGAAUACGAGCUAUGGACCAACAGCAACGACGAGUGUGGGGCCCGUUGUGACGAGCAAAUGAACUUCAUCAAGAACUUCAAAGGGCAUGCUCAGAUACUUGAAAGAGGCGGUUACACAAUGUUUACGCCACAUUAUAUAACGUGGUACUGUCCGAAACCGUUUGUUUUCAGCGAGCAGUGUAAGUCACAGUGUAUCAAUCACGGGCGCUAUUGUGCACCGGAUCCUGAGCAGGAUUUCGGUGAAGGGUAUAGUGGGAAACAGGUGGUGUUGGAGAAUUUGAGGCAGCUUUGUGUUCAUAGAGUUGCUAAUGAGACCAACAGGUCUUGGGUGUGGUGGGAUUAUGUGACUGAUUUUCAUAUCAGAUGUUCCAUGAAGAAACAAAGAUAUAGCAUACAAUGUGCUGAAGAGGUCAUCAAGUCACUUGGGCUGCCUAGUGACAAGAUACAAAAAUGUAUGGGUGACCCUGAAGCUGAUGUCGAGAAUGAAGUGUUAAAAAUGGAGCAAGAUGCCCAGGUUGGACGAGGAUCACGCGGUGAUGUAACCAUCUUGCCAACACUAGUCGUUAAUAACGUCCAGUACCGAGGGAAACUAGAGAGAACUGCUGUAUUACGAGCCAUAUGUUCGGGAUUUAAGGAGACAACUGAUCCACCUAUAUGUUUAAGUGGAGAUCUUGAGACAAACGAGUGUCUUGAAAAUAACGGCGGUUGCUGGGUCGACUCUGAACAUGGCAUAAAUGCUUGCAAGGAUACUUUUAGGGGAAGAGUAUGUGAAUGCCCUUCGGUAAAUGGUGUGCAAUAUCAAGGAGAUGGAUACACAUUUUGUAAAGCCGUUGGACCUGGUAGAUGUACGGUCGACAAUGGAGGAUGUUGGUCAGAUAUAAGGGAUGGAAAGAGGUUUUCAGCUUGCUCGGUGAACAACGUGACCGGUUGUAGUUGUCCACAAGGUUUUCGCGGGGAUGGUCAUACGUGUAAUGAUAUCAACGAGUGCCAGGAACGUUUAGCUUGUCAAUGUGACGGGUGCACGUGCAAGAACACUUAUGGUGGAUAUGAUUGCAAAUGCAAAGGGGACAAGCUUUAUAUAGCUGAUCAAGAUGCGUGUAUUGAAAGAAAGGCUUCAAAGUAUGCUUGGUUCAUUAGCUUGGUGGUACUAGGGGUGGUCGCAAGUGCUGGUUUAGCCGGCUACAUCUUCUAUAGAUACAGGCUAAGGGCAUACAUGGAUUCGGAGAUCAUGGCAAUUAUGUCUCAAUACAUGCCUCUCGACAACCAGAACCAAAAUCAAGUGGUUGUUCACGAAUCCGAACCUCUGCGUCAAACCUCAACCGUAUGAUGCACAAGGAAAGCGACAAGUGACAGACAAAAAACAGGACCCAUGGGACAAUUUUCGGACCAAUGACUUGAACUUUGUGUGUAUAAAGUUAGAUAGCGAGAUGUGUAUGUGUUGUUAAAUAGCCAUACGAGUACACACGAUAUGUUUAAAAGCAUAUGAUGUACUACAUGAAUAUACCAUAAGUAGCAGAACUCUUUUUGAAUACGAAUCACUGCGUAUACGCGUUUGAUUGUGUGCACAAAUGACAAUGUAUAUGAUCAUUCCAAAUCUGUUUUAGGUU